CUGGUCAUAUCAUCAAUUGUCAACUCCAUCAUCAGCCACAAAUUCCAUCGCAAUACAAACACGGAAGCCAAGGUUAACACGAUUCUCGAUGAGGAAGGUCUAUGGUUGGAUGCAUGUCGCCCAGACUUGGCAUUUUACACGUGCAUUGGAUAAAUGGCGAUAACGAAGCGGAUGUCGCCAGUGCCAAAAUGAGCUACGUUAAACCUGCAGGUCGUUCCUGAACUACCACCCGCGGUUUGGCAGUUGCUUCUUAAGCUUAAAAGAGUCCGAAGAGCCCCAGAUUGCAACCAUCAAGGUCCUCAACUUCACCAAGAAUCGCUGUCGAUCUUUCUCAAGAUGAGAUUCUCGAUUCUUUGCGGUUUAGCCGCGUUCAUCACCUCUGCAAUUGCUUGCGAUUCGUGUUACGGACCUGUAGAUGAAGUCAUUCAUGAGCGUCUUGUUCGGCGUAUGCAACCUGAAGCUCAAGCUGCUACGACUUCACCCAAGGGACCCUUGGAAUGGGGCCAAUUGAACUUCUUACAUACGACUGACACUCAUGGUUGGCUGGAAGGCCAUCUGAAGGAGCAAAAUUAUGGUGCUGACUGGGGUGACUUUGUUUCCUUCUCGAGACAUAUGGUGCAGAAGGCAGGCAACCUCGCUGUUGAUCUCCUUCUCAUCGAUACUGGUGAUCUUCAUGAUGGAGCUGGAUUGAGUGAUGCUGCGCCACCUAACGGGGUCGUCUCAAAUCCAAUCUUCGAUAAUAUCAACUACGAUCUGCUCACCAUUGGCAAUCACGAACUUUACGUGACCGAGAUUGCCUAUGAGCAUUUCUACAACUUCAGUCGAGUUUGGGGUGACAAGUAUCUCACUAGCAAUGUCCAAAUUAUCAACCCCGCUACAGGAAACUUCGAGUAUAUUGGCAAGCAGUACCGCUACUUCACCACUGAUCAUGGUCUUCGUAUCAUGGCUUUCGGUGUUCUUUACAAUUUUGGCGGCAAUUCCAAUGUUUCAAAGGUCAUCAAGGCAGCCGACAUGGUCAAGCAACAAUGGUUCAUCGAUGCUGUCAAUUACACUGAGCCCAUCGACUUGUUCCUUGUCAUUGGUCACAACCCGAUUCGUCGCACUGAUUCGUCUAGCACGUUUGGUCUCCUGCAUGAUACCAUCAGAGCUAUGAGACCUACAGUACCAAUCCAAGCAUUUGGUGGUCACAGCCAUAUCAGAGACUUUCAAGUUUACGAUGAUAUGAGUACUGGUCUCGAAUCUGGCCGAUACUGCGAGACUCUUGGCUGGCUUUCAAUGUCUGGAAUCCAGUCGGAUACUUACACUGGUCUGAUGAAUCCUCGUGGAGUCCCUAAUCCCACCAGAAAAGCCACAAAUACAUCGACAACAGGUCUGGUCUAUUCUCGCAGAUAUCUUGACUGGAAUCGAUUGACAUUCGAGUAUCACGCGACCAACUCCCAAGACAGUACGUUUGAUUAUCACAGCGGCCUUCGCGUAACGACUGAUAUCACCGAUGCACGCAAGGCCUUGAAUCUGAGCGCUCUUUACGGCUGUGCACCAGCAACAUAUUGUCAAUCCUGCCAGCCUUUCCUCGCAUCUAGCAAUAUUUUCAGCCUUGUUCAGACCGCUUUAGGAGCCAUCGUAGUCAAUGCAUCUCGUGCCACAAUUCCACGGUAUGUCAUUGUUAAUACCGGCAGUAUCCGUUUCAAUCUUGUCAAAGGCCCCUUCACCUACGACGAUUCCUUCAUUGUCAGCCCCUUCACUGAUGCCUUUCAAUACAUCCCAAAUGUUCCAUACGCUCUUGCCCAAAACGUUAUCAACAGUCUGAACGGAGCAACGUUGAAUGAUAAGCGCGAAUUCCCAGGUGUCAUGCCUCAAGUCAAAUAUUCUUGCAUAGACCCCACCAUCUCGCUCAUCUCAGGAUAUACCGGAGAGUUGAAGUCUCAUGGUGUCACACGUCGCCAAACAAUCGUGACUCCAGGGUAUACUACAACAGACGAUUUCGGUACAGAUGGAGACGAUACUCCUCACUCCAAGAUUCCGUCCUAUUCUCAACCAAACUACGUCGCAGGAAAUGCUUCUUUCCCUACUGACGGGACUACACCAGCCACUGUCGACGUCGUCUUCUUAGACUAUUUUGCCAGCACGGUCGUGAGUGUUCUCAAUGGCCUAGGAGGAACUUAUACGACAGCGGAUGUUAGCUACUAUUUGCCUCCCAGCUUCACGACGCAGACAUACUUGCCAUUGUAUGCCCAGCAGUAUUGGCAGGCGAAUGUUCCGAAUUGUCCUGUCGGGCAGGGUGUAGGUUAUCCUAACGGCAAGUAGCUAGUUCUAGGAUAGCCUCGACUCAACUUAGCUAAUGAGCACAAAUCGAACAACUAUUGCUCUGAAAAUGCAAGCAUUUCUGAUCAAGGUAGACUUUGGAAUGAAAUGUGAUUUCCCAAAAUACGAGCUUUCAAAGACUUAGUAAUCUGCCAAGCUCGCUUGCCCGAUCAACCCCCCUAUCCGCAUUUCACCAAUCAUCGUACUGCUCUUCAGCCCACCUUCUUUGUCGAGCAACCCCUCACCUCCAGCAACCAAUCGUACG